UCUCUCCGAAUAAUCGGCACCAAUCUGCGGAGUUCUAUCGAACAUGAAGAUCCCAGCGAUACUUGUGACGUCCCUGCUCACUUGGGGCCUCGUGGGCGCUUCCAUCGACGAUGAUCAUUCAAUGCUAUCCCAGAAGGAUGGCCACUCGCUAGAGAAGAUGCUGCUAUCGAAGGUGAUGACCAGCGCGAUGAGACACGAGAACGGUGCGCCAAUGUUGGGACUCGGCAAGAAAGUGCACAUUUCUCUGGGAAGAACCAAAGCUAGCGCCGCGGCCGAAGAGAAGGCUGCGGGUUUGGUGAAAGCGUCCGCAAUGAAUAUCGCUGAUGCUGUGGUGAAAACAACAGCGAGAUCGGCGGCCCUUUCGGCCAAAGCAGCCGCGGCUGUUAAACAAGCAUUGAUGUUACAAGAGAAGGCCGAAGCUCUGGCUCAAGCCGCCCUGGAAGUUCAAACCGAACAGCUUGCCUUGUCGAGCCGUGCCGAGGCAGCGGGCUCCGUCGCUCAGGCCGCCCUUCAACGAACUCAAGGCGCUGCCCAGGUAGCCACAGCAGCGCAGAACCUCGCCAGCAAUUACCAGGAACGCGUGAACGCCGCAGCAGCCGCCGAGGCAGCAGCAACCGAGAGGGCAUUAGAAAUCGCCGACGUUUCGAGGGCGCUCGGACAAAUAGCGUCAAGCCUUUCAGCGGCCGCAGCCGGCGCACAAGCGAAGACCACUCAAUCGUCCGAGGCCACCGCGGCUGAAGCCGGCAGGGCAGCCUCGCUAGCAUCCGACGCCGACAGCGCCCAACAAGCCGCGACCAACGAGGCCCAAGUAGCCGCAAGAAUCGAAGGUAGAGCUGCCCGUGAAGCAUCCGCGAAUUCCGCAUCCCAAGACACGGACGCCGCUCAAUUAGAAGCUUCGGCAGCCGCGAAAACAACGGCGGCCGCAGCUAUUGGAGACGGUGCGAUCGUUGGUCUUGGAGAGGACGGUGGCGCCGGGGCUCAAGAAAUCGUACAAGCUAAGGCCUUAGCUAAAGCCAGCGCUUGGUUAGGAAAAGGCGGAUCCAGCAAAAAGGGAUGGGAAUAAAUCAAAGUCUGAUCCAAAUGAUAGCGGGGACAUAUUUCCCUUUUAGACAGUUGAACGUAUUGGAUUCCAAAGACAGUUGAAUUAUUGUAUGAUUAGAGCAGCGUCUACAGAGGGUUGAUUAAACAUUAAAAAAAAAAAAGAUACUAACAUU